AAACCACCCCUUAUCUCCAUUAAUUUCCCUUCAUUCUAAAAAUGUCUUCAUCAACUGAAUCCAAAAUGGCCAUGGCAAAAACAGUUGUUUCCUCCAUCGGCUCCGUUGUCGCGGCGUCAAUGGUUGUUCGCAGCGUCGCUCGUGAUUACUUGCCUUCUGAAUUCCAAGACUACCUCUAUUACGGCUUCCGUAAUUUCAUCAACAAGUUUUUCAGACAGUUAACCGUGGUCAUCUACGAAUUCGACGGCAUUCAAGAAAACGACAUUUAUAACGCCGCAACACUCUACCUUGGCUCCCGAAUAUCUACCAAAACCCACCGUAUCAAGAUCAACAAAAACACUAGCGAGGAAAACAUCAAUAUUGCCAUGGAAAUUAAAGACGAGUUUGUUGAUAUAUUCAAUGGAGUUAAAUUCAAGUGGUCUUUGGUUUGUAAAGAGCAGCCAACGAUAAAAUAUCAUAAUUACAAUAACGGAGGAUCUACCAGCAGAUCAGAUCAACGAUCGUUGGAACUCACGUUUCAUCGAAAACACAAAGAUCUGGCGUUGAACGAGUACUUGUCGUUUAUACUUAACGACGCCAAAACAAGAAAACGAGAAGAUAAAACCGUGAAGAUAUUCACCACCCAAUACGAAACAGAGUGGACGUCCGUGAAUCUAGACCAUCCGGCGAAAUUUGCCACAUUGGCAAUGGAUAUUGAUGUGAAGGAGAGAGUGAUGAAGGAUUUGGAUAGGUUUGUAGAGAGGAGAGAGUAUUAUCGGAAAGUCGGAAAGGCGUGGAAGAGAGGUUACUUGUUGUCUGGUCCCCCGGGUACGGGGAAAUCAAGCCUGGUCGCGGCUAUGGCGAAUUACUUGAACUUUGACAUAUAUGACUUGGAGUUGACUGACAUUCGGUCAAACUCGGAUCUGCGGAGGUUGUUGGUGACAACGGCAAACCGGUCGAUAGUAGUGGUGGAGGACAUUGAUUGCUCAGCGGAGUUGCACGAUCGAGAGGAUGCUAAGGAAGUGGUUCGAGAAAACGACCAAUACCAAGAAUACAGGGUUACAUUAUCUGGGUUCCUUAACUUCAUCGAUGGUUUAUGGUCAAGUUGUGGUGAUGAAAGGAUCAUCAUAUUUACCACUAACCGGAAAGACAAACUCGACCCUGCGCUGCUUCGACCUGGUCGAAUGGACGUUCACAUCAACAUGUCGUAUUGCACCCAGAGUGGGUUCCGACUGCUAGCGUCCAACUAUCUUGGUAUCACACAACACAGCCUUUUCGAACAAAUCGAAGAUUUGAUUGGUGAAGCGGAGGUUACCCCCGCUGAAGUAGCAGAGCAACUACUCCAGGAAGAUGAUCCUGACAUUGCUCUAGGUGGACUCAUUGAGUUUUUUGAUGUGAAGAGGAAUGAGGCCAAAGAAAAAGCAAAAAUGAUACGAGAAGGAAUGUUUUUAGAACCGGAUCGUACGCCAAACCGGAUGUCUUACCGGUCUUCUGGUCUGCGCGGUCGGGGCGGUCGAACUCGUCGUUGGUAAGCGAUGACGUAAUAAAUAAUGUAAAUAAUUUAUACAGAGAUUAUUGGUAGACUUAAUUAUAUAAAACUACUACUAGUUGUUUUUA